AUGGGGCUCACGCGUAUAAGUGCCGCAGCGCUACUGUGUUAUGCAAUAACGAUUUGUUGGCAAACGGUUAAUAGUGAAUUUACCACCGAGGAUUGCAAACAGCUGAAUAAUACGGUCAACGUUACCUGUACCAAUGACGAAAUCAAUUACUACACCGUAAACUUCCAAAAUGAUGCUCAGUUCAAGAUCUAUAUCACAGUAGACAAUGAGACCGAAACAAAUUCAAUCACCAUUACCUGUCAGGGCGGAGAUGAGGAUAUAUUGAGAAUCAACAAGAAUUUGACGAAAUUCUCCUUGCAGCACCACGACUUCGCCAGCAUCACCGUGGACGGCUGUAUACCCUUUGAGGAUAUCUUAAAAGGGUUUGAAAUAAAAUUAUCCACCGAUUUCAAGUUACAACGUGGCAUCACCAGCACGUCACUCAAGCCGGAACAUCUGCGAAACUUAGCGGCGUUGUCGAAUCUGGUGUUGAGCGGCUUCGAGAAGCUCGAUGAGCAGAUAUUCGCAAAUAUGAAGAGUUUGGAGAAACUUGAGUUGACACGUUUCGAGGCACCACUGCCUGGCGGUGUAUUGUCGGCGAUCGGUGACAAUUUGGUACAAUUGAAUAUGCGUGAUAAUCGCAUGCACCAGCCGCCAGAGAGGCUCUUCACGCCGCUCAACCGGCUCGAGUUGCUCGAUUUGAGUUUUAACAAAUUGCAGACAAUUCCCAGUGGCACCUUCGAUCAGCUUGAAAAUCUUAUCGAAUUGGAUCUGAGCGAAAAUCGCAUUGAACUACUGCCGGCUGAUGUCUUUCAGUCAUUGCGGGCACUCGCACGGCUUUAUCUUGCCAAUAAUCGCCUAAAGCGGCUGGACCUAGGCACUUUUUCCACGCUCAACAACUUGCAACAGCUCGGAAUAGAGAAUAAUGCGCUUGAAAUUGCACCAAUUGAAGCCUGCAAGAUUUUCGAUGGGCUCUCUAAACUGGAUUAUCUGGAAUUGAGCAAUAAUUCAUUGACCACUUAUUGCCUGCCGCACAAUAUGAGCUCUGUGCAAGUGAGUGUGUCGUACAAUCAAAUUCGUGAAUUGCUUGUGCCGACAGGCGCGCAUCAGCCACGCCAACUGACGAAAUUGAAUGUUCGCCACAAUAGACUCGAACAUUUGAGCGAUGAAGUAUUACUGUAUUUACACGAAUCCUUGCCGGAACUCUCGCUGGCACAUAACCCUUGGCAAUGUGAUUGGGCCUCGUCGAUGUGGUUAGCUUAUAUUAAAUUUAAUAACGAACGUAUAAGGGAUUUGGAAGAGCUGGAAUGCACCAUGGACAAUACCGUACGGUAUGUAAUCACAAUCAAUUCCAGUGAUAUCGGCAAACCCGCCUCAUCAAUACCUUAUAUAAUUGCGCUUGCAAUUCUCGGAACGCUGGCCACCUUGGCCGUGCUUGCAGCCUUUAUUUAUAGACGGAGAGCGACACGAAAAUCGAAUGCCGCCCCGCUCUCUAACAGUGUAUCCUACAGCAAUGGGCAAAAUGGGCAGUAUAAUUAA